UCAGCAGCCGUGGGCGUUGAGAGGAGUCUCCUCCGUACGGGGGUGUCGCGAGCCUAGCGGGGAGCCCCUUGGAAAGGGUCCCCAGUGCGAGGGGGAGUCGCAGGCUUUCUCUUGCUGCCGAAGUCGCCCACGCGCCAUCCGGGGAGUCCUGUGGGGAGGGAGCAGAGAAUCCCCCCCCCAAUCCUCGCUGCUUAGUACGUGGGCGCUGGCAGUGAGAUCGCUCAGGAAAGGGGGUGAGCUAGGGUUGCGGGCGUCCUCUUCCCAUUCGCACGACUCCAGAAACCGGCUCAGCAGCUUCCUCCUUUGCUCCUAUACGUUCCUCUUCUGGUUUCCGGCAGCCCCACGGUCAUGACACCCAUCAGGCUGCCGGCGUCCGCCCUCCUCUGCUUCUUUCUACUCAUCAAGGGGUUAGGAGCAGCGCCUCCCGGGCGCCCUGAAGCGCAGCCGCCUCCCUUCAGCUCUGAGCAUAAAGAGCCGGUAGCUGGGGACGCAGUGCCGGAGCCAAAGGAUGGCAGCGUCCCGGAGGUCCGAGCCGCUCGCAAUUCCGAGCCGCAGGACGAGGGAGAGCUUUUCCAGGGCGUGGAUCCCCGGGCGCUGGCCGCGGUGCUGCUGCAGGCGCUCGACCGCCCCGCCUCGCCCCCGGCGCCAGGCGGUUCCCAGCAGGGGCCGGCGGACGAAGCGGCAGAAGCUCUGCUGACAGAGACCGUGCGCAGCCAGACCCACAGCCUCCCGGCGCCAGAGCCCCAGGCGCCCGCGACGCCGCCUCAUCCUCAGACUCAGGAGAGCGGUCCCGAGGCGGGAGACCCCUCCGAGGAGUUGGAGGCGCUAGCGGCCCUGCUCCAGGAACUGCGAGAUUUCAGCCCGAGUAGCGCCAAGCGCCAGCAAGAGACCGCGGCAGCAGAGACGGAAACCCGCACGCACACGCUGACCCGCGUCAAUCUGGAGAGCCCCGGGCCUGAGCGCGUGUGGCGCGCCUCCUGGGGAGAGUUCCAGGCGCGCGUCCCGGAGCGCGCGCCCCUGCCACCCCCCGUCCCCUCGCAGUUCCAGGCGCGCGUGCCCGAGAGCGGGCCUCUUCCCGAAACCCACCAGUUCGGGGAAGGAGUGCCUCCCCCCCAAACACACCUAGGCGAGGCCCUGGCACCCCUAGCCAAGGCGUACCAAGGACUGGGCUCCCCUUUUCCCAAGGCGCACCGGCCGGAGGGCUCCCUUCUGAGCCGCUCCGAGGCGGGGGAGCGCCUCCUACAGCAAGGGCUGGCGCAGGUGGAGGCCGGGCGGCGGCAGGCGGAGGCCACGCGGCAGGCGGCGGCGCAGGAGGAGCGGCUGGCCGACCUGGCCUCUGACCUGCUGCUCCAGUAUUUGCUGCAGGGCGGGGCCCGGCAGCGCGGCCUGGGGAGUCGGGGGCUGCAGGAGACGCAGGAGGAGCGAGAGAGCGAGAGGGAGGAGGCGGAGGCGGAGCAGGAGCGACGCGGCGGGGAGGAGAGGGUGGGGGAAGAAGACGAGGAGGCGGCGGAGGCGGAGGCGGAGGCGGAGGAGGCGGAGAGGGCGCGGCAGAACGCGCUCCUGUUCGCCGAGGAGGAGGAGGACGGGGAAGCCGGAGCGGAGGACAAGCGCUCCCAGGAGGAGACGCCGGGCCACCGGCGCAAGGAGGCCGAGGGGGCCGAGGAGGGCGGGGAGGAGGAGGACGACGACGAGGAGAUGGACCCGCAGACGAUCGACAGCCUCAUCGAGCUGUCCACCAAACUGCACCUGCCGGCCGACGACGUGGUCAGCAUCAUCGAGGAGGUGGAGGAGAAGCGGAAGCGGAAGAAGAACGCCCCUCCCGAGCCCGUGCCGGGUCCCCGGGUCGCCGCCGCCGCCGCCGCCGCCGCCGCCGCCGCGCCCGCGCGCUCCCCGCAGCCCCCGCCCCCCGCCCCCGCCCCCGCUCGAGACGAGCUGCCGGACUGGAACGAGGUGCUCCCGCCCUGGGAUCGGGAGGAGGACGAGGUGUUCCCCCCCGGGCCCUACCACCCCUUCCCCAACUACAUCCGGCCGCGGACGCUGCAGCCGCCCCGCCGCCGCCACUACCACCAUGCCCUGCCGCCCUCGCGGCACUCCGCGGGCCUGGAGGCCCAGGCGCGGCGCGCGCAAGGGGCGGCGGAGGCCGAGGAGCGCCGGCUGCAGGAGCAGGAAGAGCUGGAGAAUUACAUCGAGCACGUGCUGCUCCGGCGCCCGUGACCCGCCCCGCCCCGCCCCCCUCCGUGUCGCCCGCCCCCGGGGUUUGCAUGCGCCCCGCCCCGCCCCGUCCCGCGCCGGGACCUGGCGGGCCUGGCCUCCGCCUGGGUCCCAGGCCCCACCUCCCCGAACUCGCUCGCGGGUGAUCCGGGGCCAGCCCCGUUGGGCAGGUGAUGUGUGCGGGUCCCUGCCCCCGCGCGGGACCCCGUUUCGGGAUGCCCCCAUCCGAAAUCGGAAAAAGCGGUUCCAGUUAAUUGUGUGAGAAAAAAAGUGUCUUGUCUCCUGCCCAUCGGGCCUCCCGGAGCCCACCUCCUCAACCCUCUCCUCUCCCCUCUCUGUUGUAAAUACCCCUCACGGAGGAAAUAGUUUUGCUAAGAAAUAAAAGUGACUAUUUUA